AUGUUUUUGGCAUCAAUUGUAACCAUCGAGAGCUUCAGCAGAGUUUAUCUAACACUUAACAGUGGAAAUUAUCUGAAAACUCAGCAAGUAGAUAUUUUGGGAAAGAAAAUUGACAAGAACCAAAAGACGGAAGAAAAUUUAAUCGGUGUGAUCAUUUUUUUUUUGCUUGCUCGUUAUGUUUAUAAAAUUAAAGUUGGUGAUAGUAAUCAUAAAUUCUCCUUAUUAUAUUUUUGCGAUUGUCGUCUUACUAUUAAAAAUAAAAGCCACAGAAUAAAGCAAGAAAAGGAAACCACGAAAGCUAAAACAGAAAAGAAAUCUUUACUGCGUUUAAAACUGAAUUCUAAUCGUAAGAAAGCCAAAAAUAUUCCAAAUAAUGUUAACAAGACAUGA